CGUCACACUCCUGGGACCGAGUUUGAACCAAAGCCGGCUGAAGCUCUGAAUGAGAGUUUAGUUUUCAGCCUGGAAAAAUAGUGAUUUCAUCACACAAAAUGGGUCCAGUUGAGCUUCUCCACAUGUCCGUGUUCUCCCAGAGUUUCUCUCCCUGCGGACGGUUUUUGGCAGCUGGUAAUAACUAUGGAGAGAUCGCUGUAUUCAGCCUGUCAGCUGCACUGAGUCCAGAUGCAACAGACAUGAGUCAGAAACCUAUUCUCACCUUCACUGCACAUGAAGGCCCAGUGUUCAUGCUGCUGUCCACAGACACUCAUCUCCUAAGUGCGGGGAAUGGAGAGAUCAGUGCAUGGAGCUGGGUGGAACUCACUAAGAGAAGCACCAAGGCUGUAUGGACAAGGAGGCCCAAUUACAAAACUAGUCUUGAAAUCCCAGAGAUCAACGCGAUGAUUAUUAAUCAAAAAGACAACAGCUUGAUAGUUGGUGGGGGAGACAAUAAUAUUCACAUCAUGGACAUGGAAACUGGGAUCUUUAAGUCAGUGCUGCAGGGCCACACGGACUACAUCCACUGUCUGGCGUUAAAGGAGAGGGAGGGAGAGAUUCUCUCGGGGGGAGAGGAUGGAGCAGUGAGGAUUUGGGACUCUCGGACGAGCCAAGCAGUGCACUGCAUUGAAGUGUUUAAGUAUGAGGAAUGCACCCGCCCCCAGUUCGGGAAGUGGAUCAGCUGCCUUGCGACAGACUCUGACUGGAUGCUCUGCGGUGGAGGCCCAUCCCUCUCUCUUUGGCAUCUCCGCUCCAUGUCUCCUACCUCAGUCUUCCCUCUGGCUGGCUGUCAAAGAGACGCCAUGUUUUACCAGGAUAUGAUCCUGGCAGUAGGUGAGGGUCCACAUGUGUCUCACUGUUUGCUGGGGGGCAGUGUUAAGGCUCAGAUCCCCUGCACCUCACCGUCACUCAACACACUCGCCCUGAACCUCAGCAGCACUGAACACAGGGUGAUGACUGUUGCAGGCAGUAGUGACCAGAUUGAUGUUUUCACCAAUUUCUCCUACAGAGCCUUCUCUCUGUCUUUCUGAAUAAUACGUGUGCUUGUAUUAGUAUACUUUUGAGGACCACAUUGACGUAUAAGUUAGUAUUACUAGAACAUUCUAAUCAUAGCCCUAAUCCUAGCUUGGCCCUAACCUGAACUCUCACUGUAUGUUUAAUCCCAUAUCCAAAGACACAGAAAUGCUUUGGCUCUUUUAAAAAGUGAACUGAACAAAAUGUUUUUAAUCAGUGUAGUCCAUUUGUGGGGACGAUCCUCACAAGUGAUGAAAUACAAGUGUAUCGACUUACAUCCACACAUACUUUCACAGCUGGGAAGUAUUUUGCAAAAACAGAGCUAAUUUGAACAGUAUAAGCACAAACUUGAUGACCAUCCAUACAAGUGUUUUGUUGCUCUUCUCUUAUUGGACAGGCUUGUUUUUUUUUUUUUUGCCUAAGUUGUUAGGCUAACCAAAAAUCCGGCUGUGAAAUACCACCCAAAGGAUUCAGGUUUGUUUACAAAAUAUCUGCUUAAACAGUGAAUCCAACCUGUUUAAAUGCAAUGUAUUGAUCUAUUUUUAUAAUAAAAUAAUUUGUCAUA